CGAGGGUUCUGGGAAGGUUUCAUCGAGCAAGUGCGAAGACCAAGAACAGCACAAGGAUCGGUACGGAAUAUAUGUACAUUCCUCGAGAUCAAAGUUUGACAUCCACACAAAACCCAUCAUGGACGUCAGCGACAUAACGCCGCAACUGGACCAGCUCGAGCAGGAUCUCAGCAGGGCCGAGAAAUCUCUCGCGCCACUGCUGGGCGACAUAGGUGACAUCUCAUCCAAGCUUCCGCUCUUGGACAAGGCCAAACUUUACGUUCUUGUCUCCUAUACGGUAGAGGCGCUCCUGUUCUCGGCAUUGCGCCUAAAUGGGGUGGACGCAAAGAACCACCCUGUCUUCACCGAGUUGACUCGGGUGAAGCAAUACAUGGAAAAAAUUGAGAAGCUCGAGAAUCCGCCUGCGGAGCGCGAAAACACGGUCAACACAGAGGCUACUGCACGGGUUCUCAAGUCCGAUCUCGUAAGCCACACUUCAUGACCGCUUACUGUGGCAGACGUGCGCUCACACAAUCUCUAGGGCGACAAUAAGGACAUCAAGGCAAAGUUGGCAGAGCUCAUUGCCAAGGAGCGGGAGAAGGCGCUGGCCAAAGCUGCCGAGAAGAAACGUUCAGCAGAAGAAUCACC